GGUUACGCUGCAGAGUACAAAGGCUUCAUGGAAGAGAUGAUAACAAAAGGUUACGCCGAGAAGGUACCACAAGAACAGCUCCUCAGAGAGAAAGGCAAGGUAUGGUACAUACCACACCAUGGCGUUCACCAUAAGCGCAAAGGAACGAUACGAGUAGUGUUUGACUGUUCAUCAUACUAUAAAGGUACAUCUCUUAACAGUGAACUCCUUCAAGGCCCUGACCUGGCAAACACGCUUAUAGGAGUCUUGCUAAGAUUUCGGCAAGAGCACAUUGCCAUGAUGGCAGACAUCGAAGGAAUGUUCCAUCAAGUACGUGUCCAUGAAGAUUACUUAGACUUCCUGCGAUUCCUAUGGUGGCCGGACGGUGAUACUAACAAAAGAUUGGAGGAGUACAGAAUGAAGGUUCAUCUUUUCGGUGCUAUAUCCUCUCCAAGUUGUGCAAACUUUGCACUGCGAAAGACUGCAGAAGACAACUGUGAGAGGUACAAUGAAGAGGUGAUUCAAACAGUCAAGUCCAACUUCUAUGUUGAUGACUGCCUCAAGUCAGUGGCCACAGAAGAACAAGCCAUAGCACUCACAAAAAACCUCAGGGUUGUGUGCUCUCAGGGUGGGUUCAAAUUGACCAAGUGGGUCAGCAACAGCCGCACUGUGCUGGCUUCUAUCCCUGAUGAACACAAAGCCAAGCAGAUAAAGGAAUUGGACCUGGACAGAGAAAAGCUGCCUGUUGAAAGAGCACUUGGAAUCCGAUGGAACAUUGAAAGAGAUGCAUUUACCUUCCGGGUCACUGUCAAGAACAGACCCCUUACAAGAAGAGGUAUUCUCUCAACUGUCAGCUCUAUUUAUGAUCCAUUAGGUUUCCUCGCCCCAUUUGUAUUAAAGGCAAAGCAAAUUCUUCAAGUGCUCUGCAAGCUAAAGUGUGGAUGGGACGAAGUCAUCCCUGAAGAACACUCUAUUUCAUGGCAGAGAUGGCUCUCAGAGCUGGACCAGCUCUCCAGAUUCCAGAUAGACAGGUGUAUGAAGCCUGAGAACUUUGGUCAAGUCAUGACGGCACAGCUGCAUCACUUCGGUGAUGCAAGUGAACAAGGUUAUGGCACGGCAAGCUACCUCAGGUUCACAAACGGUAUGGAAAAGGUUCACAUUGCAUUCAUUCUGGGGAAAUCAAGGGUGACUCCACUCAAGCAGAUGACAAUCCCCAGACUGGAACUUGCUGCAGCAACAUUGGCAGUGCGAGUGGACAGGAUGUUAAGGUUGGAGCUCCAGAUUGAACUUGAGGAGUCAACUUUUUGGACUGACAGCCAGUCUGUGCUAAAAUACAUCCGCAAUGAUACCAAACGAUUCCAUACCUUUGUGGCUAAUAGGGUUGCUAUGAUCCGUGACCUAUCGAAAGCAAAACAGUGGAGGUAUUUGAACUCCAAACACAACCCAGCCGAUGAUGCCUCAAGAGGAUUACAUGUUGAAAUGUUCCUGAACUCAAAGAGAUGGCGCAAUGGACCAGAAUUCCUGGAGAAACCAGAAACUCAAUGGCCGAAAGUCCCCGAGGAGCUUAACUCCAUCCCUCCGGAUGAUCCAGAGGUGAGGGAAGACGUAAUCGUAAACAGUACAAGUGUGGAAGAAAAGAGUCCAACCAGCAAACUGAUUGAGUACUAUUCAACAUGGAACAGCUUGAAGAAAGCAGUUGCCUGGAUGCUGAAACUGAAGAAACGUCUUCUACAGUUAAGCCAGAAAAGGAAAAUUCUCUCUCAAACUGAUCCAGAUCAGAGUCUGACAAACUCACUGAAGGAACAAAUUGACAAGUUCAAACUGACGUUUGGAAAAGAAAGUCUGUCUGUGGAUGACCUAGAUGAAGCAGAAAAGGUCAUCAUCCGAUUUGAACAACGACAGCACUUUAAACAAGAAAUUGCACUAGUUGUGAAAGCAAAACAAUGUGCCAAGAGAAGUGGCUCAAUCUGUAAGCUUGAUCCAAUUGUUGACAAUGGCAUUCUGAGAGUAGGAGGAAGGUUAAGCAAAGCUGCUAUGCCUACGGAACUAAAGAAUCCUAUGAUCCUUCCAAAAGACUCCUACAUCUCUAGACUGAUCUUACUCCAUAUCCAUGAGCAGGUUGGCCACUCUGGGAGAGGUCACAUGCUUUCUAGACUUCGCCAGCGAUAUUGGAUACCCUGUGCCAACUCUUUAGCAAGGAAGAUCCUUAAGAGCUGUGUCUUUUGCAGGCGGAUGCAAGCUAGAGCUGGAGAACAGAAGAUGGCCGACCUUCCACAAGAUCGGGUGUCACCUGAUUUGCCGCCUUUCACCUAUGUGGGCAUAGAUUACUUCGGCCCCAUAGAGGUGAAGCGAGGCCGCGUUCAUGUGAAGCGGUAUGGUGUGAUCUUUACUUGCCUUGUGAGUCGAGCUGUCCAUCUAGAAGUUGCUAGUUAUCUGGAUACUGAUUCCUGCAUCAAUGCCCUGCGCAGGUUCAUCUGUCGAAGGGGCCCAGUAACAAGUAUCAGAACAGACAAUGGCACCAACUUUGUUGGAACACACAGAGAGCUAGGGGAAGCUAUGAAAGAGCUGGAUCACAGCAAGAUUCAAAAUGAAUUACUGAAGGAAGGAGUGACAUGGUCAUUCAACCCUCCCUCUGGAGCCCACCAUGGGGGAGUCCUUGCUAGAUGCGGGAGCGGUAUAGUUUUUUGA